UAAUCCCUUUUAGUUUCGUUUCUGCGACAGAUCCUGGUAGCUUGUAGACGACCUUCACAUAUCUUCUUCCCUACUGUCCGAAAUAAAGGACUUAUUGAAUCGAGGAGUUAUUGAAAACAUACGCGACUAACUAGGGAAACUAUGGCAGAAAUAAAACUUGGAUCAGCAGGAUUACUAGUGGCAACGUUCUUCCUGGCAGCAGCUCUGGAAGCUGGUCCUGCUUUGCCUCUGAAAGCUGGUAUUUCUAAACCUCCAGCCUCGCUACAGCCCCCUUCUCAGUUCGACAAUUCUACAGAUCACGUGCAAACUGUAGCAACUACCUCUACUCAUGCCCCAAUUACCCCCAAAAACGUAACUACUCAUGCCCCAACUACCCCCAAAAAUGUAACUACUCAUGCCCCAACUACCCCCAAAAAUGUAACUACUCAUGCCCCAACUACCCCCAAAAACGUAACUACUCAUGCCCCAACUACCCCCAAAAACAUAACUACUCAUGCCCCAACUACCCAAAAUACUACGACUACUCAAACAACAACACCAGUCACCGCAAAACCUGAACCAACACCAAAAACCAAUCUCACGGUAGGGAACUACACUGUGGCCGUUGGAGACAAACUGUGUGUUAUGGUCCAGGCUGCUAUCCAGGUCUAUGUGAACAACAAUAAAGCUGAAGGCAAAUAUAUCAUUCAGCCAGCAUUAGCCACCACAACUGGGAAGUGUAACAGCAGUUCUGCCAGUCUCAAUGUUAACUUCAGAGAUGGAUCCAUCACUAUGCUUUUCCGUAAGAAUGACACAACAAAGAUGGUCUAUGUCAGCUCUUUGCAAGUCAACUUGACCUACGCCUUUAAGUCUGGAGUUUCAUACACGAUCAAUAAAAAUAAUAACUCGGUGCAGCUUUUCACUAUGACAGUGGGUCACUCAUACUCCUGCAAGUCGGAGUCUAUCUACAUGGGUGAAGGUGUCUUCCUGGAGUUCAGCCAUGACAAGAUGCAGGCCUUCAACUUCACCAAUAACCAGUUUGGUCUGCCUGACCUGUGCAAGGCUGACCGGCCUAACUACAAAGUGGCCAUUGCUGUUGGCAUUGUCCUAAUCAUCCUCAUCGUCAUCGUGGUACUAGCUUACCUCAUUAGCAGGAGGAAGAGAACAGACGGUUACCAGUCUCUGUGAAAGACAUCCAACAGUUCACAGAUAAGACCAUUCCAUGCAGGUUCCAGCAAGCAUGGUACACUGUGAUACUUUGGGAAGCAAAGAUUGUCAUUGUUAAAUACUUCAGACAAGUGAUUUCUUUUGUCUGUCAUUAAAAUCCUUAAAUUUAGGCACCAGUUUCUGCUGCUUCUGUAGCUGACAAUUUUAUCCAUCAAAGAGAUUUGUUUUAUCACUUUAAUGCAUCCAAGCUCAAGCUUCCCUGUGCUUUUUUCACUGUGUUUAAGUAUCCUAUGUCCUAUUAAUUUCCAUUCAACCUUUGUAUGCUUAAAUUGGCCCUCUGUUUAGUCCAUUUUUACUUUUAUGAAUCUGAUCAGAGUUUAUUUCCCUAAAACACCCCAGUCUUUAUGCUAGCAUUUGUGAGAAUCCCAAUGACUAUAUGCAGUACAAUUACUUAGGAAUCUGCUAAUGCAAGUCUGAAUAGAAAUGAGGCUUGACUUACAGUAGUAAAUAUUGACUACAUAAACACCUGUGGCAGAAUCAGUGUAAUUAAAUCACUUACCUUUAUUUAAAACAUGCUCUCCUUUGUCCAAACUGGAAGGCUUAUCCUAGUUUGGUGGUGCAGCAUGUCCAUAUAGAGCCCUAGCAAAGGAGGGAUGGCUCAGUGUAGCUCCAUGAGGAAGCAAUGGAAUCUGCCAGCAGUCAACAUCAAGUGCACAACCUGGCUUAUUUUCCCUUCAUGCAGUGAUAUAGAUUUUAAGUUAUGUAAAUAUUACAUAUUAUUUAGCCUCUAGAACAGAUAUUAUUCGAACAGAUAAUAUUAGAAGGGUUUCAGACUUAUGGUAACUAAGGGAAAGAAUUUGGUGCUUUUUUAAUAGGAGGCAUUUGUUCCUUUUUAAAAUGCAUAUUUACUUCUUCAAGCUAAAAAGUGAUAAUGCAUGUUAAAGGAAUUAAUGUUUUAUUAGUUUUUCAGUGGUUAUAGACGUGAUUUUCAGUUUUGUUACAGCUAACUGGAUAAACUGGCAGAUGAUUUUGUAUCUGACUUUGAUCUCUAUUUACUCUGAAUGGUUGUAUCCUAAAAAAUAUGGUUAUUUUUUUAAACAGACUAAUUGAGUUUUUUUUUUCCCCCAGCAGAUGCUGCUGUAGCUCUGUUCCACUAAGUAUCAUUCAUUUGUCAGAAGUCCUCUUUUCAGAAAGCCAGUGAAGAGACCACACAUAAGUUUUGAUGAUAUUUUAUUUUAUCUUUUCUCAAAUAAUGAAUGGGAACUCUUGGUAUCUUUAAUAAGAAAAACUAGAAAAGGAUAAAAGGGAAUAUAUUGUAAAACAUUUUGUUUCCAAAUAAAAUUUUGUUUCCAUUUUGUGUCCAAAUAAACAUCUUUAAAAAAA